AUGAGCUGGUUCAACGCGUCGCAGCUGUCGAGCUUCGCGAAGCAGGCGCUGUCGCAGGCGCAGAAGUCCAUCGACAGGGUGCUCGACAUCCAGGCCGAGGAGGGGCCCUGGGCCGACGCCGUCAUCCCCGACUAUGGCGACGGAACAAAUUCUCUUAUAAGUGGAGGAUGGGAUAYGUCUUCCUGGGGUUUAAAUUCCAAUACAGAGCCACAGACUCAGACGGUAUCUCCGACAGCAAUCACCAAGCCAGUAAGAAGAACGGUAGUAGAUGAAUCUGAAAACUUCUUCAGUGCCUUUCUCUCUCCAACUGAUGUUCAGAGUAUACAGAAAAAUCCAGUGGUGUCCAAACCUCCAGCCAAAUCCCAGCGACCCAAAGAGGAAGUGAAAAGCACUUUAAAGGAGUCUCUACACACCAGUCAGCUGGAAGCACCGGUGACAACAGAGGGGGACGUGAAAGAUUCCUCUGUAGCUGGCCUAGUGGACUUGAAAAACUUUGAGAUUCCUGAGGAGAAAUUAGAARAAAGUCCUGUGCUUAAGUCUAAUGCCCAACAUGAAGCAAGCACAAAUGAAGUUACCGAUAAAAAUGUGUCUACUCUAAAUUUGAAAGUGCCUGAAAAGGCUGUUAAUGAAAAAUCCAGUGUUGGAAGUCAUGGAGCAGGAGGUGCACUGGAUAGCACUUCACAAUCCCUUAAUACAGGUACAAAAGACAUGGGCUUGGAAACUAAGGAGCAAAAAACUGAGGACAGGCAAAGCAAUACACCUUCCCCUCCGAUCAGCACCUUCUCCUCAGGGACAUCCACAACUAGUGAUAUUGAAGUUCUGGACCAUGAAAGUGUAAUAAGUGAGAGCUCAGCAAGUUCAAGACAAGAAACUGCAGAUUCGAAAUCCAGUCUUCAUCUAAUGCAGACAUCAUUUCAGCUUUUAUCUACAUCUGCCUGUGCUGAUUAUAAUCGUUUAGAUGACUUUCAAAAACUGACUGAAAGCUGCAGCUCCUCUGAUGCUUUUGAAAGAAUUGAUUCAUUUAGUGUACAAUCUUUAGAUAGCAGAAGUGUAAGUGAAAUAAAUUCAGAUGAUGAAUUAUCAGGCAAGGCUUGUGCUUCAGUAUCUGUCACUGUCAUUCCUCCUGCACCAAAGACAGACAUGGUUGAUCCUGAAAAAAGUAACUGUGAAGAAUUGAAUGACACUCCUGUUUUACAUGCUGAAGAAGCUGAGAUGGAAGAAAGUGGAAGAAGUGCAACUCCUGUUAAUUCUGAGCAGCCAGAUGUUUUGAUUGCUACUGUGCAAGCUGAUGAAGAACAGGCUGUGCAAGAGGACRCUGUGCUGCAGCAGGAUGUUGUGGAAAACCUGCUUGAAGAAGAUGACUCUGAAAAGCAACAACUUAAAAAGGUGAUUGAUUCGUUGAAUGAGAAACUAGAGAAGAGAGAAACACAGUUAUUGAAUACUAGUAAAGAAAAGGCACGCCUGGAGGAAGCUUAUGAUAACCUUAAAGAUGAAAUCCUUAGAAUGAAAGAAGAGAGCAAUAGCAUUUCGUCCCUUAAAGAGGAAUUUGCUCAGCGAAUAGCAGAUGCUGAAAAGAAGCUCCAGCUUGCAUGCAAAGAAAGGGAUGCAGCUAAAAAGGAAGUAAAGAAUGUUAAAGAAGAAUUGGCUACUAGACUUAAUUGUAAUGAAACCGCUGAAUUACUGAAAGAAAAAGAUGAGCAAAUCAAAGGAUUAAUGGAAGAAGGAGAGAAGCUUUCUAAACAGCAGCUGCACAAUUCCAACAUUAUUAAGAAACUAAGAGCAAAGGAGAAAGAGAGAGAAAAUACUAACACAAAACAGAAYAAAAAGAUUAAGGAACUGGAAGAGGAAUUGCAGCAUUUAAAACAGGUACUUGAUGGCAAGGAAGAUCUUGAGAAGCAGCAUCGAGAGAGCAUUAAACAACUGAACAGUGUUGUAGAGCGACAAGAAAAAGAUCUUACUAAGCUCCAAGCAGAGGUGGAAGAUCUUGAAGAAAGGAACAGAAGUGUCCAGGCAGCACUUGACAGUGCUUACAAAGAACUUGCAGAUCUUCAUAAAGCUAAUGCCACAAAAGACAGUGAGGCACAAGAAGCAGCCCUAAGUCGGGAAAUGAAGGCAAAGGAAGAACUUGGUUUAGCUUUGGAGAAGGCCCAGGAUGAGGCACGGCAGCAACAAGAAGCUUUGGCAAUUCAGGUGGCAGACCUGAGACUAGCGCUGCAGCGUGCAGAACAGCAGGCAGCAAGAAGAGAGGACUACUUACGCCAGGAAAUCAGUGAACUGCAACAGAGACUUCAAGAAGAAGAGAGUCGGAACCAAGAACUGAGUCAAAGUGUCACAUCUGCUACACGACCACUUCUCCGGCAGAUAGAAAAUUUGCAAGCAACGCUGGGAGCACAAACCUCCUCAUGGGAAAAACUGGAAAAGAAUCUUUCUGACAGACUUGGUGAAUCUCAAGCCCUUCUGGCAGCUGCUGCAGAAAGAGAACGGGCAGCAACAGAAGAACUUCUCUCUAAUAAAGUUCAAAUGUCUUCUACUGAAUCUCAGAAUAGUCUUUUAAGGCAAGAAAAUGCUCGUCUUCAGGCUCAACUAGAAACAGAGAGAAACAGACUGAAGAAAAUGGAAAAUGAGAACAGUAGAUAUGAGGUUGAGCUAGAAGGUCUCAAAGAUGAGUAUGCAAAAACCCUUGAAGAAGCAAGGAGAGAAAAGAUGCUGUUAACUACUCAGUUAGAAAUGGAGAAAAUGAAAGUCGAACAGGAAAGAAAGAAGGCAAUUUUUGUGCAGGAAGCAACAAAGGAGAAGGAUCGGAAGUCAUUUGCAGUUGAAACUGUUGCAAGUACUCCUAGUAUGUCACGCUCUAGUUCCAUAAGCGGAGUUGACAUGGCAGGUCUUCAGACAUCCUUCCUCUCACAGGAUGAUCCUCAUGAUCACUCAUUUGGACCAAUAUCUACUAGUGGGAGCAAUCUCUAUGAUGCUAUAAGAAUGGGAGCAGGUUCAAGUAUAAUUGAAAACCUUCAAUCACAGUUGAAACUAAGAGAAGGAGAGAUUUCACAUCUGCAGCUGGAAAUUGGAAACCUUGAAAAAACGCGAUCAAUAAUGGCAGAAGAGCUUGUUAAAUUAACAAAUCAAAAUGAUGAACUUGAAGAGAAAGUGAAGGAAAUACCAAAAUUACGUGCACAGUUAAAGGAUUUGGAUCAAAGGUACAACACAAUUCUUCAGAUGUAUGGAGAGAAAGCAGAGGAGGCUGAAGAACUCCGACUAGAUCUUGAAGAUGUGAAAAACAUGUACAAGACUCAGAUAGAUGAACUUUUAAAACAAAGACAAAAUUAGCCCCUGCUGGAACUCAUUUAACUUUAUUAUAUGAUAAACUGUAAAAAUAGUUGUUUAUGUAAAUGCUGAAUUUAAAUAUCUUGUAAAGAUGAUUGUAUUAUAGAAAAUGUGACUAUAUUAUAGAGUUCAUAUGUUGACAAAAAUCAGUGCUUUACAGUGUCUUGUACUGUCUGCGGUUAAAUUAUUUGUGCAAUAUUUAAAACUUCUUUUAAAGUCAUCCAGUUAUUUAAGUU